AUGUCUGAUUUCGAAGAUGAGAUGGACAUUGAUGCCCCUCCAAAGUCUAUCGAUAUUACAUUUUCUUCCGAUAACACUGCCAAGGGUAAACGCAGUGCUGCAAACCUACCUGUUGAAGCAGAAGACUCCUUACCAUGGGUUGAGAAGUACCGACCCGUUUCCUUAUCCGAUGUCUCAGGCCACCAAGAUAUCCUAGCCACCAUUAACAAGUUCGUCGAUUCGAACCGAUUACCCCAUCUCCUUCUCUACGGGCCUCCGGGAACAGGCAAGACGUCCACUAUCCUAGCCCUUGCGAGACGUAUCUAUGGGACAGAGAAUACGCGACAGAUGGUCUUAGAAUUGAAUGCUUCAGACGAUCGAGGUAUCGACGUCGUUCGUGAGCAGAUCAAGACCUUUGCUUCGACGAAGCAGAUAUUCACAAUGGGCGGAGCCUCACGCCCUGGUGGCAUGGCAAGCUAUAAGCUCAUUAUUUUGGACGAAGCUGACGCGAUGACGAGUACCGCUCAGAUGGCCUUGCGAAGAAUCAUGGAAAAGUAUACAGCGAACACGCGAUUUUGUAUUAUCGCCAACUACACCCACAAAUUAUCGCCCGCAUUGCUGUCUCGAUGUACACGCUUCAGAUUUAGUCCUCUAAAAGAAGGCGAUAUUCGGGUCUUGGUGGAUAAAGUUAUUCUGGAGGAGGGUGUCAAAAUCUCAGGCGAGGCUACAGACUCUCUGGUUAAACUGAGUAAAGGGGACAUGCGACGAGCACUAAAUGUGCUCCAGGCUUGUCAUGCAUCUAGCACGCCGAUACAGCCAAAAGACGCGCCCAAGGUCCCCGAGAAAGAUAUCGUUAGGGAAACUAUCACGACUGAGACUAUCUACAAUUGUAUAGCAGCCCCGCCUCCUGAUGCGAUCACAAAGAUUGCCAGUACGCUACUCGCAACUAGCGACGUAACCACUUGCCUAUCGACGAUCAAUACGCUGAAGGUGGCCAACGGCCUCGCGUUGGCGGAUAUAAUCACAGCACUGUCGGAGCAACUAGUAAAGAUGGAGGUGAAGCCUGAGGUUAUGAUUAGAUGGCUUGACGGCCUAGCGGAGAUAGAAUACAGAGUGUCUGCUGGUGGAAGUGAGGCUAUUCAAACAGGUGCAGUAGUAGGUGUAGUAAGAGAGGGUUUUAUGGACGUGAUGAUCCCGGAGAUACUAUGCUUAAUCUGCUCGUACCUCGAUAUCGAGGAUAUUCGCAGAUUCCGACUAUGCGGCAGAGCCUUUGCAGACGCCGGCGCUUGCUUUGCUUUCCGAGAGGUUAUAUUUUAUCUGCAUCCCCAUGACUUUGAUAUGCUCCGGCACAUUUCUCUGCACCCUAUUGCAUCCAAGAAUGUCCGCUCGCUGGUUUAUGUUGGCCAUACUUUAGAAUCGCCUAAGAAAUCCUUAGAUGAAUUUCGUAAAUACUAUUCUAUCAUUCGAAGCGGAGAGAAGAUCAUAGCCCAGCAUACGAAUGAAGCACCGCCACCACGUAUAGGAAACCAGCAGCUCCUGAGGCUCUACAAGAAUUACGAGAUCGCUAUCGAUGAGCAGGAGAAGAUGUUGAAGACGGAUGAAGAUAUCUCUUGCCUCAAAGAGGUCAUUUCUCGCUUUUCGUCGCUUCGGGAAGUCACUAUGUCAUCCGACUUUUGGUUUUGGCAUGGCAUCCACAAGACUCCAUUUGAAGGAUGUUUGAUUAAACCGGGUGACGAAUUGACACCGAUGGGAUGUCGGCAGCUUGAUUCUCUCCUAUCUGCUGUCUUCAAUGCCAAUAUCAAGUUAAAAAGACUUACCGCCGGUGCAUUCAGCUGGCAGUUCUUCCAGAAGCCAGCCGCCGAGCUCCGAAGUGCCCUUUCCUUCUAUUCUAACCUUACAUGCCUCGAGCUAUGCAUCGAUACUGGUGAGAAUGAUUUUGAUGCCAGCGUUACGGAUGAUCUACUUGUCGGUACAGAGGUUCCUCAGUGUCGCCGUCUAUUAGAAACGGGAUUAUUGCGCGACUUUAUCAAAUCGUUACCUCAACUACAGACGUUAUAUAUUGUUUUUAACUGGCAUUCGGAACAACACGGAUAUGCUGCGCGGCUCGAGGAUAUAAUGGAGCCAAAGCAUAAAUGGGAACAUCUCGACAGUUUGACCUUGGGAAAUAUUACAUGUGAACGGCAUGACCUAAUGUCUAUGCUCAGAAGACAUAAAGGCACUCUUAAGGAGUUAUGUCUCCGAGACAUUCGACUGAGAAGUACGUCAUGGCUGUUGCUUCUCCCCAAGAUUCGGAAGACGAUGAACUUAGACGACGCUUGCAUUUGUGGCGAGUUGUAUGGGCAAGAGGAAGACUCGCCAUAUGCAGAAUAUUGGGAUCUUUCAUUACCAGACACCUUCGAGAACUCGCUCCGCGAUGACGUUAAUGACUACUUGGUCAAUAACAACAUCAGACGUUGCCCUCUUAAUGAUUAUAUCGGUUACCUUUAG